AUGUGUGGUCAUUUGUUUUGCUGGCCUUGUCUUGUGCAAUGGCUGGACACAAGACCAAAUCGCCAACUUUGCCCCGUUUGCAAAGCCGCCAUAAGUAAAGAUAAGGAGGGCGAUAAUACUGAUCCACGUGAGAAAAUGCCUCCCCGUCCAAGAGGUCAACGAACUGAAGCGCCACAAGUAAGUGUUUCUGCCGCUCUGCUCGCUCUACUCAGACAGCAUCUGAAGGAAAGGGCUUAA